CAAACGGCGACCCUGAGAGAAAAUACGACACCCGUUUUACGUCGGAUAGAUUGUUUCACGCCGUCCACAAUUAAUUCGUCUCACUUGUCGGUCUAUUCAUCCGAAUUCAGACGCCGGACGAGAUACAGUGGAGGUGUAGUGAUGUUGACGUCGGCGCGUGCGCAGUGGUUGCUAUGUGACCAUACAAUGCGAGUGUGCUUGUGCGCUUGUCGGCGUGUUGAUGGGUUGCGGAGCUUCUAAAGCGGCGCAGGUGGCGUUGAGUGAUCAGAUUAGGAAGGGAGAUGUCGAUUUGAGUAACAAGGAAUUAUCGAGUAGCGAAAGAGGCGAGGAAAACGGAACACAGAAGGAGAGAAUCACACAAAACGGUCGAGACAGAGUAAAGGAGAAUGAAGGAAAGAGUCUCGAUGUCACGUCGAGAGGAGAAGACGGUAAACACAAAGAGCUCAUUGGUCGACCUGUGGCGUUUGACGUGACGAUAGGCGACGAACAGCCGAGGAAAGCACCGCCAAGACGAUUAGACAAACUCGAGCCUGUUCAGAGGUUAACUGUCGAGCAGCUGGAGGAGAAGCAACGAGCAGCAGAGGAACGAAAACACAAAGAAAUCGAGAAGAAAAGAAUGAGCAAACGAGACAAACUGCAUCACGACAUUGCAGAGGCAAGAGACAUGGAGAGAUCAAAACAGAUCAACGAGAUAGAAACGCGAAUGAACAGUGUGGAGAAGAAGAGAAUAGAACAGAGACAGGCGAUCGUUGAGAAGCAGAGGCAACAUGAUGAGCACGUCCAGAGAGUGAGAGAGAAAGCGAAGCAACUCAACAGUGGCGAGAGCGAUUUGGAUGACAUUGCAGGCGGGUGGGGCAAUGGCGUGGAACACGACGACACGUUCAAUAAAGAAAGCAACGAUGACGAGACGUGGUGGAACAGUGACGUAGAGAAACAAGAGGGAGACGACGAGAGAACGGAGAAUAGAGAUUUGUUAGCGUAGUUUUGCAUUCUGGUUUUAGUUUUCAUGUUUGUGUGCUUGAUCAAGUUUCUCACAGUAACGAUUAUGCAUUGUAUAGCGACCUUUAUAUUGUUUCAUCGGUCAAUGGAAAUAGAUGAUACGUUUGCAUACAAAA